CCCUACUUCCGGUUAACAGUUACAAUGUGAACAUGAACGCUGUGUAGCAAAAGGCUACAAUUAUGAAAGAUUAUCGUUAUUAAUGAAUGUGUAAAAGUGGAAGAAUAAUGUCUUGAACUAUACUCACAACCUAUGCAACUAACAACUAAAACAACCAUGGAAAUGAUAACUAAAAAUAAGUAUUCCCAAAGAAAUAAGUAUUGCAUUAAAUUUUUCACCUGAGAAGACAGCAUGGCCGAUAUAAAUUUACUGGAAGAUGUGGAAAGUUAUCGACGGGAAGAUACUGGUAGAAGUGAAAGUAUUUUGAAAGAUGCUACUGAAGAUGAAAACAAAGACACUUACAGCAACCAGCAAGCAGUUACUAAUCGGGAAUACUUUAAUGAGGUACUUUUUAAGCAUAAAACACUGUUUGAGCCAUCGAAUGGACACGAUACUAAGAUGGUAAACCAGUCAGAUGACAAUGUAUUUUAUUAUGGUAUAAAUGAUGAAUUUGAAACUCUAAUUUCUAAUGAAAAUCCAAACCAAGAACAAUGUUCUUCAGAAAUUUGUGAUGCUACAUUUAUUGAAUCGCACGACGAUGAUCAGGAAAACGUCACAUACAAAAAAUCCCAAAUGGGAACACGCAAAACGCGGGAUUUAACUCCAUUUAUGCAAAGAAACCCAUCACACAUGACUGUUGCUGAUUGGACACAUGACAAUCCACCAAAAAAAGAUUCAAUAAGUGAUGAGGUAGAUACGUCAGCUAGACAAAAUUCAAAGACGAAACUGAUAUAUGAUUCCAGUAUUGCUGAUAUAACAGAAAAUGACCUUGGGAUAGGACAAUAUCCAUUGAACAUACAUUUUGAACCUUCUUCAGAAUCAAAAGUUACUGUAGUCGAAAUCAAUCAUCUAACUGAAACAAACAACACUGAGAGAGAUUCAAAUGGAUUCGCUGUUUUCGACAAAGAUACGGAAUCGAACGAUUUUCAUACAUCUUUUCAAUCGAUAACACCUGUUGACAAUGGGGCUGGUAGUAGUUGUAUGGGUUGUAUUACACCAGUUAAAGUUACAACUAGGACGAAAAUCCACAAAGGCGAUCAUAUAAUUUUAUCAAGGACAUUGUAUUAUCAUCACGCAAUUGUCGUAGAAGUAUUUAAACCAGAUAAAGAAAACAGUGAUAAGAUUUGUUUGAAAUUAAUUCAUCAGACAAACAGUGCUACGGGUGCUGUUAGGGAUAAACUUCGUCGUCGGGGAACGCUUGCAAAAUUAAAAUGUAAAACUGAGACUGUAGAUUUAAAAAAGGUAAUGAUUUGUAAAUAUUGGGGAAGUAUACAGCCUGGAAAGCCGGAAAAAGUAGUUGAGAGAGCAUCUGGAGCUUUAAAUGGAGACCAGCACGAAUUUCGGUACGACGUUAUUGAUAAUAAUUGCGAACAUUUUGCUUCUUGGUGCGUAACUGGAAGAAAGCUCAGUAUUCAAAUAAGAAAGGUGCGAAUUGUUCUCCAUAUAUUUGUACGAAAAGGAUUGCGUGGUUUAGGUGACGAACAAUUGAGAAACAAAGUCCAAAAGGAUCAUGGUUUGCUUUGCGAAACGUGCUUUGAGAGAAACAAGAAAAUGCUUGGUGUAACAAGAAGGAAAGUUCAACAUGCAGACCACAUACAAAAGGGGGACAUAAUUUUGUAUAAAUAUUACAAACUUCAACACUGUGCAGUGAUUAUGGACGUCGUCAGCAUUAAACAAAAAUAUAUUGUGUGCAAGAUAGCUCAUUACGCAUUUAGGGGACCAUUCACAGAAAAAAAAAUACAAAGUGAUAUUUUAAAAGUCUAUUUCAAAGGAUCAGUAUCAGUAUUUGAUUACUCAAAUAGUGAGUUUAAAACUUACAAUCCGGAUGAAGUAGUUUCUCGAGCCGAGCAACGGAUAGGAGAGGAAAUGUUUUCUUAUUUUUCUAAUGACUCAAGCCAUUUCGCACGCUGGUGCAAACUGAAAUUGUUAACAAAAGAAAAAUAAAACUUACCUUUUGAGAUUAAAACAUGUCAAUACUUAAUGUAUCUGAGGUAAGUGCCUAUUACCGGAAGUAGCUAAAAAAGGAGUUAUAUUACAAUGUGUGUAGAUCUUACCGAUUAAUUCAUGUAUAAACCUUUUACAUUGGGAAACUUGUUCAGAUGUAUAUAUACAUAGCUCGACUUAAACAUCAGGAAGGUAGUACGAAAUUUUAUAAACAUUGAUAUGGGAAACAUGUACAGACGUAUAUUCACAUAGCUCGACUUAAACACCAGGAAGGUAGUACGAACUGUUACAUGUGUUAUAUACCUUGCCAUUGGAAACUAGCUCGACUUAAACAUCAGGAAGGUAGUACGAACUGUUAUAAACUUUGAUAUGGGAAACAUGUACAGAAGUAUAUUCACAUAGCUCGACUUAAACACCAGGAAGGUAGUACGAACUGUUAUAUACCUUGCCAUUGGAAACAUGUACAGAAAUAUAUCCACAUAACUCGACUUAAACAUCAGGAAGGUAGUACGAACUGUUAUAAACCUUGAUAUGGAAAACAUGUACAGAAAUAUAUCCUCAUAGCUCGACUUAAACACCAGGAAGGUAGUACGAACUGUUAUAUACCUUGCCAUUGGAAACAUGUACAGAAAUAUAUCCACAUAACUCGACUUAAACAUCAGGAAGGUAGUAGGAACUGUUAUAAACCUUGAUAUGGAAAACAUGUACAGUAAUAUAUCCACAUAGCUCGACUUUAACAUCAAGUAGGUUGUACAAACUGUUAUAAACAUUGCCAUUGGGAACAUGUACAGAAAUAUAUCCAAUUAGCUCGACUUUAACAUCAAGUAGGUUGUACAAACUGUUAUAAACAUUGCCAUUGGGAACAUGUACAGAAAUAUAUCCACAUAGCUUGACUUAAAUAUCAAGUAGGUAGUACGAACUAUUUUCAACACAAUCCGAACUUUCAACAUCUUGAAAUGAGAGAUAUACUAGUAUAAGAAAACCAGUCGGUAUGCCAUGCUCCAACUGGUCGAGUUCAACUGAUACAUGCUUCCGGGAAAUUGCAGCAAUAAUAGUUUAUACUGUUUAAUUAAUGAAUUCAUUUUGUGCACUCUGUUGAAAUUUUGCAUGGCAGACUCUCGAACGAUCUAUCUAUUAGAUACAUAGAUGAAUUACGUCUGUCGUUCAAUUAUUCGUGUAAAUUUUGUCAGAUUUUGCAAAGAGAUGAAUAAUGUAACACUUUCUUAUUAUAGCGUAUACACUCACUAAAAGUUUGAAAAAACACCUAUAAAAACAAGGAAUUUAGAUAGCAAGACUUUUGUGAAGGGUCUAUUGCUAAGUAUGUCAUAGACAUUUUCUUAAUAAAAUCUGUAAACACCGUUAACUAAAAUAAAUCUAGUGAAUAGGCGAUCAGUCUUUACGACACUUAUUAUGGCGUCAAGUGUUGAGGUUUUAGUUUGUAUAUUGAACAUAUUGGGUGCAUUAUUGACUUUUGUCGCAGAAAGCUCUACAUAGGGAUAGUGAUCCGGCGGCGGCGGCGGUGUUAGCUCACUUCUUAAAAGCUUAUUAUUUUAGAAGGUGGGAGACCUGGAUGUUUCAUACUUUGUAUAUGGAUGCCUCAUGUUACGAAGUUUCCGUCAGUCACAGGUCCAAUGUCCUUGACCUCAUUUUCAUGGUUCAGUGACUACUUGAAAAAAAAGUUAAAAUUUUUUGUAAUGUUAAGUUCUCUCUUAUUAUAAGUAAUAGGUUAACUAUAUUUGGUAUGUGCGUACCUUUCAAGGUCCUCUUGCCCGUCAGACAGUUUCACUUGACCUCGACCUAAUUUUAUGGAUCAGUGAACAAGGUUAAGUUUUGGUGGUCAAGUCCAUAUCUGAGAUACUAUAAACAAUAGGUCUAGUAUAUUCGGUGUAUGGAAGCACUGCAAGGUGUACAUG